AGCACUAGCAAAUCUAAUCCAUCUCUGUUCUUAUAGCCACCUCAGAGACUGUACUCUGCUGUAUAGAGUUAGAGAGAGAAGACGAGAGUUAGAGAGAGCGCGAAGAGCCAUAUUCAUGAAUUACCAGCUAUUGCCUUCUACACCUAUCUCCACCACCACAGCUGCUUCCUCUCCUCUGCUUACCAUAUACACUCUCUCCCAAAGAACCCACAUUCCCACCCAUGUCUACAAGCACCCCUCGGCUAUACUCCUAGAACUCUGCACUUCCAUGAAAGAACUCCACCAAUUCAUCCCUCUCAUCAUCAAGAACGGUCUCUACAAUGAGCACUUGUUCCAGACCAAGCUUGUCAGUUUGUUCUGCAAAUUCGGUAGCUUACACGAAGCUGCUCGUGUUUUCGAACCCAUUGAUGACAAGGUCGAUGCUUUCUAUCACACAAUGCUUAAAGGGUAUGCUCAGAACUCUACUUUGGACGAUGCUUUGUCGUUCUUCAGUCGAAUGAUGCAUGAUAGUGUUCAACCAGUUGUAUAUAAUUUUACUUAUUUAUUGAAAGUUUGUGGUGAUAAUUCGAACCUUAGAAGGGGUAAGGAGAUUCAUUCUCAACUGAUCGUCAAUGGGUGUGCAUCAAAUGUCUUCGCGAUGAAUGGUGUCGUUAACUUGUAUGCUAAGUGUAGACUGGUUGAUGAAGCAUAUAAGAUGUUCGAUAGAAUGCCCGAAAGGGAUUUGGUAUGUUGGAACACCAUCAUUGCUGCGUAUGCGCAAAACGGGUUUUCAGAGAAAGCGUUGAAAUUGGUUUUACGGAUGCAAGAGGAAGGUCAUCGGCCUGAUUCGGUUACAAUAGUCACCAUUUUGCCUGUCUGUGCUGAUAUUGGGUCCAUGAAGAUUGGAAAAUUGAUUCACGGUUAUGUUGUAAGAGCAGGGUUUGAAUCACUUGUAAAUGUAUCAACUACUUUGCUCAACAUGUAUUCCAAGUGUGGGUCAGUGGGGACUGCUAGAUUAAUAUUUAAUAAUAUUCGUUACAGGAACGUGGUUUCUUGGAAUUCCAUGAUUGAUGGAUAUGCCCAAAGUGGUGAUUCAGAGGAAGCAUUGAUGCUUUUCCAUAGAAUGUUGGAAGAAGGAUUAAAACCUACUAAUGUCACUGUUAUGGCAGCUCUACAUGCCUGCGCUGAUAUGGGUGAUCUUGUGCAGGGACAGUUCAUUCAUAACUUAGUGAAUCAAUUAGAACUUUUCUUUGAUGUUUCAGUUGUGAACUCUUUGAUUACCAUGUAUUGCAAGUGUAAGAGAGUUGAUGUUGCUGCUGGAAUAUUUGAGAGCUUGCAGGAUAAAACCCUUGUCUCAUGGAAUGCAAUGAUAUCAGGCUAUGCACAAAAUGGGCAUGUAACUGAAGCUUUGAACCUUUUUUGCAAAAUGCAAAUGCAAAAUUUCAAACCUGAUUCAUUCACAAUGGUGAGUGUGAUUCCUGCUGUCGCUGAGUUAUCAGUCUUACGUCAAGCAAAGUGGAUCCAUGGGCUUGUCAUAAGAACUUGUUGGGACAAUAAUGUUUUUGUGAUGACUGCACUUGUGGACAUGUAUUCAAAAUGUGGGGCUGUUCAUACUGCAAGAAAGCUCUUUGACAUGAUGGAGGAACGGCAUGUAACGACAUGGAACGCUAUGAUAGAUGGAUAUGGAACACAUGGGCUGGGUAAAGCUGCAAUAGAACUAUUCAACAAAAUGCAAAAGGGAGAUGUAAAUCCAAAUGAUAUAACAUUUUUAUGUAUUAUCUCAGCUUGCAGCCAUUCAGGUUUCGUAGAAGAGGGGCGCCGUUAUUUCACCAUCAUGAAGGAAGAAUAUGGCUUGAAGCCUUUAAUGGAUCACUAUGGAGCCAUGGUGGACCUUCUUGGUCGUUCUGGCCAACUUGAUGAGGCUUGGAAUUUCAUCCAAAAUAUGCCUAUUGAGCCAGGUAUUAAUGUUUUUGGUGCCAUGUUGGGUGCUUGCAAGAUUCACAAAAAUGUUGAGUUAGGGGAGAAGGCAGCAAACAAACUGUUUGAGUUAGAGCCUGAGGAAGGCGGGUAUCAUGUAUUGCUUGCUAACACAUAUGCCACGGCUUCAAUGUGGGACAAAGUGGCCAAAGUGAGAGCUAUGAUGGAAAAGAAAGGGAUUCAAAAAACUCCUGGAUGCAGUUUAGUGGAUCUGAGAAACGAGGUUCAUACUUUCUAUUCUGGAACCACGAACCAUCCGCAAUCCAAAAAGAUCUAUGCUUACCUUGACGUGCUAAUAGAUAAGAUCAAAGCUGCUGGUUAUGUGCCUGAUACAAAUUCAAUUCAUGAUGUGGAGGAUGAUGUUCAAGAGCAGUUGCUCAAUAGCCAUAGUGAGAAGCUGGCUAUUUCUUUUGGACUAUUAAAUACCAGCACAGGUACCCCUAUUCACAUUAGGAAGAAUCUUCGAGUUUGUGGCGAUUGUCACAAUGCAACAAAGUACAUUUCACUUGUUACUGGACGGGAAAUCAUUGUGCGGGAUAUGCAUCGGUUCCAUCAUUUCAAGAAUGGAACUUGCUCCUGUGGAGAUUAUUGGUGAAUUUGUCUUUGAGAAAGUUUUGACUCUUCAGAGUUGCUUUGCUAUCUACGGGGGUGGACAUUAACUGAGGGAGCGAGGAUGCAAAAAAAAUUGGCAUGACUUGUGACAUUGUUAAGUUAUCAACCUCGAGUUGCUCAAUGUUGAAGGCUUGGUUAACAACUGAUACGGAAGGUUUCAGAAAGCCCCUAGGAAAAUUUUACACAAAAUAUUGCUGAGGUAUUUCUCAUCUUGAAAAUAAACUCCUUGUGCGACUAAUCUAUUUAAUUUCUGUAUAAUAGGGUCACUUUCUUCAUCAACAAUAGCAGCUUCUUCAGAUUUUAUCAUCUGUUGUGAUUGAUAUAAACUGUAUAGAUAUCAACAUUAAGCAAUACCAAAUUAAAAGGAAAUCAGUAUUCUACAAUAAGUGUCAUAUUUUAAAUUCUUUUGU